AUGUCAUUCUUGGAUACAGAGACAGAACAAACCCCCGAAUUAAUUCAAAGAUAUAAAACAGCUAUUGAGAAUGCUAAACAUGAAGAUUAUUAUCUGUUUAAAUUAAGAGGUUUAAUGCGUUAUAUGGGUAAAGAUAUAGAAGGGAAUGAAGUUUUAUUAUUUGUUCCUUGUCUUGUUACUGCUACAGGAACUAUUUAUGAUCAUGCCCUGUAA